AUGUCCCGGUACCGCAACGCCCUGUGGUUCGUGACGGGGGUGCGGGAGUGCACGAGGACCAGCUAUGAGUCUGCUUCCAAGCACUUCCGUCCAGCUGAUGUGGGCGAUCUGGCUGGAAGGUCCUCUGGUGCAAAGAGUGGCACUGGUAGGGCCACAGUCAAAGAGACAGCGAGGGGAGGUGGCACGGUUCAGCUGGUUUGCAGGAGUAAGGGAUGAGCUGAGGUCUUUCGAGGAGAAAUAGUGAUGGAAACGAUCAACUAGAAUAUUUUCUUGCAUAUUCUGGAUAUAUCUGACACCAAGAAAAUCUGAAAGUUUGCUGAAAUAUUCAAAAUUGAACAUAAAUGAGAUGUGUGGGCAGAAAUCCAGCAAUGCACAAAGGUGCAGUUCUUCCAGAAGCAGAGUACUUACAUUCUGACAACUGCUCUGCUGCCCCUCCUGGAAAAAGCAGCUGAUUCCAGACUGAUAACUGUCUCUUCUGGGGCCAUGCUUGUUCAACAUACCAUGCUAAACAUACCUGACUUGUAGUCAGGAAAUAGGACAUCUGAUGGAACUAUGAUGUAUGCACAAACCAAGGUACAAUAGCAAGUUGUCUUAACAGAACAAUGGGGAAAAGCUCACAGAAACAUCCGUUUCUCUGUUAUGCACCCCAGCUGGGCAGACACUCCAGAUAAUAUCUGCUUAACACUGACUAUAAUUCUUUCUUUUCAGGAUUAUGCUGCAACUGAUUUCAUAAAAAUGAAUAUGAAGAAUAUCCUGUGCACAGAGGCCCAGGGAGCUGUUGUGUGGAUGGCAGUAUCAUCUGAAGCAAUGAGUUUACUGAGAGGAUUGUUCAUCCAAGCCAGGCAACCAGUCCCUACGCACUUACCCCUGGCAAGCACCCACAGUCCACUCGAGGACAAGGAGAAGCUAAUGGAGAUGCUGGAACAGCUCUCCCAGAAAGUUUAAAUCCACUCGUGCAAGAACUUAGUGUCAUUGCCAACACAGUGUAACUGCAAAGCUGCUAACUGCACAGUACUGCAGUGUGCUUGCUGUUGAGGGGAAGAAGGAUGCCAUCAGAAUGUUAAAAAGAAAUUGGGUUCAGGUGUUCUCAUCAUGGGGGAGAGUGGUGCAGAGUCUCUCCCAUUGUGACUAUGCACCUGCUGUCUCAAGACACAGUAAACUUGUGUUCUUUGAGUUGGAAGAAAAAUGG